CGCUUGGUGGCUACUGGCGGCCGCGGUAGAGGCAGUGGCGCUGGAGUUGCUCGGGGGCGGCGGCAGAUUUGGGGGUUAAGCCCCUUCUUCCAGGGAAGAGGACCAGUACAGCUUCUGUGGUAACCCAGGAUCUUGAUCCACAUCCAUAAUUUUGGAUAUUGGUGGGCCAGCCAUCUUCAGACACUUUCCUUAAGACAGGUUGUAAAAAAUUAAAAUGAAUAAACUAAGGCAAAGUUUUAGAAGAAAGAAAGACGUUUAUGUUCCAGAAGCCAGUCGUCCACAUCAGUGGCAGACAGAUGAAGAAGGGGUUCGUACUGGAAAAUGUAGCUUCCCAGUUAAGUACCUAGGCCAUGUAGAAGUUGAUGAGUCAAGAGGAAUGCACAUCUGUGAAGAUGCUGUAAAAAGAUUGAAAGCUGAAAGGAAGUUCUUCAAAGGCUUCUUUGGAAAAACUGGAAAGAAAGCAGUAAAGGCAGUUCUUUGGGUAUCUGCAGAUGGACUCAGAGUUGUGGAUGAAAAAACUAAGGACCUCAUCGUUGACCAGACAAUAGAAAAGGUUUCCUUCUGUGCUCCAGAUAGGAACUUUGAUAGAGCUUUCUCUUACAUAUGCCGGGAUGGCACCACUCGACGCUGGAUCUGCCAUUGCUUCAUGGCUGUCAAGGACACGGGUGAAAGAUUGAGCCAUGCAGUGGGCUGUGCCUUUGCAGCCUGUCUAGAACGUAAGCAGAAGCGCGAGAAGGAAUGUGGAGUGACUGCUACUUUUGAUGCCAGUCGAACAACUUUUACCAGAGAAGGAUCCUUCCGUGUCACAACAGCCACCGAGCAAGCAGAAAGAGAAGAGAUUAUGAAACAACUCCAGGAUGCCAAGAAAGCUGAAGCAGAUAAGACAGUUGUUGGUUCAUCUAUGACCCCAGGCAACACAGCUCCAUCCCCGUCUUCUCCCACCUCUCCCACUUUGGAUGCCACUGCCUCUCUGGAGAUGAACAACCCUCAUGCCAUUCCUCGUCGGCAUGCACCCAUUGAACAGCUUGCUCGCCAAGGCUCUUUCCGAGGAUUUCCUGCUCUUAGCCAGAAGAUGUCACCCUUUAAACGCCAACUCUCCCUGCGCAUCAAUGAGUUGCCUUCCACUAUGCAGAGGAAAACUGAUUUCCCUAUUAAAAAUGCAGUGCCAGAAGUGGAAGGGGAAGCAGAGAGUAUCAGCUCCCUAUGCUCGCAGAUCACCAAUGCCUUCAGCACACCCUCCGAGGACCCCUUCUCAUCAGCCCCAAUGACCAAACCAGUGACAGCGGUGGCCCCCCAGUCUCCUGCUUUCCAAGCUAAUGGCACUGAUUCAGCCUUCCAUGUGCUUGCUGCUAAGCCAGUUCAUACUGCUCUAGCUCCCGUAGCAAUGCCUGUGCGUGACACCAACCCUUGGGCCCAUCCCCCCGAUCCUGCUAACAAGGAAAUUUCAGCCACACAUUCGGGGACCGAGUGGGGCCAAUCUUCCGGUGCUGCCUCCCCGGGUCUCUUCCAGGCCGGUCACAGACGCACGCCCUCUGAGGCUGACCGCUGGUUAGAAGAGGUGUCUAAGAGCAUCCGGGCCCAGCAGCCGCAGACCUCAGCUGCCCCUCUGCAGCCCAUUCUCCAGCCGCCUCCCCCCACUGCCAUCCCUCAGCCAGCGCCACCUUUCCAAGGGAAUGCAUUCCUCACCGCUCAGUCCGUGCCAGUGGGGGUGAUUCCACCCCUGCAGCCAGCCUUUGUCCCUGCCCAGCCCUAUCCUGUGACCAACGGGAUGCCCUAUCCAGCCCCUAAUGUGCCUGUGGUGGGCAUCACUCCGUCCCAGAUGGUAGCCAAUGUGUUUGGCACUGCAGGCCACCCUCAGACCACGCACCCCCAUCAGUCUCCCAGCCUGGCCAAGCAGCAGACAUUCCCUCAGUACGAGCCAAGUGGUGCUGCUGCCAGUCCCUUCUUUAAGCCGCCUGCUCAGCACCUCAACGGGUCUGCAGCCUUCAAUGGGGUAGAUGCGAGCAGACUGGCCUCGGGAGACAAGCACUCAGAGGCAUCUGCGGGGACCUGCCCGGUGGACCCUUUCGAGGCCCAGUGGGCUGCGUUAGAGAGCAAGGCCAAGCAACGUACCAACCCUUCCCCCACCAACCCUUUCUCCAGUGACUUACAGAAAACGUUUGAAAUUGAACUUUAAGCAGUCCCUGUGGCUCAUGUAUUUUGUCUGCACUUAAGGCAAGGGCAGGGGUGGGGAGAUAACAGAGCAGAGGGGCCGAGGUGUUCCUGGUCAGUACUCUAUAAAACCCAAAGGUCUCAAAGGAGCGUGGCUAGGCAGAGUACAGUCAGGUGUUAUUUGGGGUGGAAAGACUGAGAAAUACAUUCCUAGAGAAGAGGUGACUUGCGGUUAAACUAAGGAAUUCAAGGGAACGGUGCCCCCUGUCCCUCCACCCCCCUCCCCUUCCUAUGUUCCUUACAAAUCUCUGGCAACAGAGAGGCAGAUGUAUCUCAACAGAAACCUGUACUCAAAGCACAUUUACUGAAGCUGAGAAAAAAAAAAAAGAGGAAGCAAGAUGAUCUUUGUUUCUCAGACUGGCGCCUGCCUCCUCUCUGCCACCCUGUCUUAGCGCUCAGGAGAGGCGGCUGGGGCUGGGGUUAUGCUGCCAGACACCAGAACUCUGGGAGGGCGUGGCUGCAGCCUCCUGCAGAGCUAUAUUUUAGGGGUAAAGUUGAGCUUCCAUUUUGAGUAACAAAAUAAAUAUUAUAAAUAUAUAUCAAAAAAGCCAAAUCUUUAUUUUUAUGCAUUUAGAAUAUUUUAAAUAGUUCUCAAUAUUAAAAAGUCGUCUGAGUUGUAAGUAAUCUUGCCAAAGGUAAAAGGGUUAGCUGUAAGAAAUUGUACAUAAGAUUGAUUUAUCAUUGAUGCCUAUUGAAAUGAAGGGGGAAGGUUGAAAGUGGCAGACAGGAUCCCCAGCGUAUUUGGUGUCAUUCAUUGUAAGUAGCGCAUUGCAACAACAAUCAUGCUUAUGACCACUAGGUUGUAGUUUUAAAUAAGAAUGAAAGAGCAGUAUUGUUCUGGUUUAAAACCUGUGACGGAAUUCUAAUGUCAUUAUUUUAAUGGAAUCAAGCUAAAUAUGCUCUCUAGAGGCUCUGUAUUCCUUUAUAUAUGGCUGCAGUUUCCUUCUGUUAAUCCUUUGUUUUAACCCUAAGAUGACAAUGACACACGAAUCAUAUCACAGAGGGAGUUAUUGUGUUGGUUUGUCAUGUGGGUCUUGGUGGGGUUUG